GUUGGCAUAAAACGUUGGGCUAGUAUUGUCCCAGGUACAGAUUCCAGCCCUCAGCAGAAAUAUUCAGAAAAAGGUGAAGACAGCAGUAAGCAUGGCUGAUGUUAUCCUGUCAGUGGUCUUUGGCGUGUUUAAAAUCCUGGCAGUUGUCUAUGAUGUGGUCACUUUUGUGCCCUACUACAUUGCUUCCAAGCCAGGACAGAAACUGAAACAGUCGAGGAGGAUGAAGGCUCGUUCAGUGGAUGGGAAUCCGGCCUCUCCGUUCCGGUGUGUGGAGCUGGGUGGAGGCCCCCUGACGACAACCCCGUUUCCAGAAUGUUCCACCCUCGAAGACCUGCUUGUGCGGGCUGUGAGAAUCUACGGGGAGAAACGCUGCCUCGGGACACGUGAGCUACUCCGAGAAGAGGAUGAAAAACAGGCAAACGGGAGAGUGUUUAAAAAGGUUGUGAUGGGCGAAUAUUCGUGGAUCACAUUUGAGCAAAUGUACACACGUCUGACCUACCUCGGUAGCGGUUUACUGGCCCUGGGACAGAAACCUCGCAAAAAUAUCCUCAUCUUCGCCGAAACUCGCGCUGAGUGGAUGAUUGCAGCACAGGCCUGCUUCAAGUAUAACUUUCCAGUUGUGACGUUGUAUGCGACUCUUGGCGAGGAUGCCAUUAUACAUAGUGUGAAUGAAAGUGAAGUCAGCCAUGUCAUCACUUCCGCUGACCUUUUGCCCAAAUUUAAGGGCAUUAUGGGUAAGAUGCCUAAGUUGACGCACCUGAUUGUGAUGUGUGAUAACCAGUCAAUUGCGAGUGUACGUAAAGACUUCCAGGACAAUAUCAACAUUUUUACGUUCAAUGAGGUGGAGGUUCAGGGGGCGGAGCCUGAUAACAUCCGAACCCCAGUUACCAAACCUAAACCAGAAGAUACGGCUGUGAUCAUGUACACAUCUGGAUCUACCGGCGUUCCUAAAGGUGUGAUAAUCAGCCACGGUAAUCUAAUGGCAGGGAUGUCUGGACAGUGUCAGAGGAUAGCGGGGCUGGGACCACACGACACAUACAUAGGUUAUCUCCCGCUGGCUCAUGUGCUGGAGCUCAGUGCAGAGACUGCAUCCCUGUCCCAUGGUGUGGCUAUUGGCUAUUCAUCCCCCCUAACACUCACUGACCAGUCCAGCAAGAUCAAGAAGGGCAGCCAGGGAGACAUCUCUGUUCUCCGCCCUACACUCAUGGCAGCAGUACCUGUGAUAAUGGACCGGCUGUACAAGGCUGUAUGGGACCGUGUCAACUCCAGUGGACCUUUCCAGAAGGCCUUGUUCAUGUUCGCGUAUGACUACAAGAGAAACUCCCUGGAGAAGGGAUAUGAGACGCCAUUGUUUGACAAAUUGUUGUUCAGUAAGAUCAGAGAGUUGCUGGGAGGUGAGAUCCGUAUGAUGUUGAGUGGCGGGGCCCCCCUGUCAGAGAAGACCCAGCGCUUCAUGAACAUCUGCUUCUGCUGCCCUGUUCUGCAGGGGUACGGCCUCUCAGAGACAUGUGGGGCAGGCACAGUCACGGAUGUUGGAGACACGAGCACAGGGCGUGUGGGGCCACCGCUAACCUGCUGUGAGAUCAGGCUACGGGACUGGACAGAAGGCAACUACACCACUGGAGACAAGCCAUACCCUAGAGGGGAGAUCCUGGUAGGUGGGGGGAAUGUUGUCCAGGGCUACUACCAAAAUGAAGAGCAGACAAAGGCUGACUUUAUAGUCAUUGAUGGCCUUAACUACUUCUGUACUGGCGACAUAGGACAGUUUGAACAUGAUGGCAGUCUCAGGGUCAUUGAUCGCAAGAAGGACUUGGUAAAGUUACAACAUGGCGAGUACAUAUCCCUCAGUAGGGUUGAGACUGCGUUGAAAAUGAGUCCCCUUGUUGACCAAAUAUGUGUGCAUGCAAACAGCAGUCAAAAUUCCUGCAUUGCAUUGGUGGUGCCAAACCACAAGGCCCUCGGUGAACUAGCCACGAAUCUGGGGCUGAGGGAUCUCGAGUUUGAGGAUAUGUGUACCAACUCAAAGAUUGAACAGGCUGUCCUGAAACAACUCAUGGACACUGGCAGAAAAUCCAAAUUGGAAAAGUUUGAAAUCCCAGCCAAGUUGAAACUGGUAACAGAAGUAUGGAUGCCAGAUACUGGACUGGUUACAGAUGCAUUCAAACUGAAGAGGAAAGUCAUAGAAGAAAAAUACAAACCCAGUCUACAAAGGAUGUAUUCAAAUGUGGACUAGUCUUAUCAACUGAACUUUUGCUUUUGCUGUAUGAAGAGUAUUGUUAUUAAAUUAUAAUAUAUAAUAACUUAAAUAUUUUUAGACUUAAAUUGUCAUGACAUGAUAAAAACAUGACAAGAAAAAAUGGAAAUUUAUACUGUAUUUAAAGUUAAAUAGCAUAUAUUUACACCUCAACUUCCAUUCCUUAAAUGAACUGCCUUUCGGCAAUUGCGUUCAUCAAUUGAUGAACGCAACAUCUUCGGAUAUGUUCGGAUCGCAAUUCAUCGCAUAACAAUAUACAUGCAAAUUUGAUCUUGUUAUUGUUUGUAUUGUGUCAUCAGGUCUCGUAAAAUAUAAAUCAACAUUUUAGAAAGUGCUAAGUUAUUAUAUUUUAAAACGUUUUGUUACCAAAAGUGUUUUAAUUUUACGUUUAAAAGUGAUUUCAAGUGGUUGAUAUUUUCCUGCGUUAUUGUGACGUCAUUUGAAAAAAAAAAAUGUUUCCGGUAACAGUCGGGUCGUACUAUUUACAGAAUAGGAAAGAACGGAUACUGAAUGGUAAUCCGAAAUGAAAUGAAGUAUUUUUUUAACGUUUCUUGAAUUAAAUAAUGAACUAUUGGUGUAAAUAUAAGGAAUGAAUUGCGGGGUUGAUGUCAUUAUCGGGGAUAUGAACUCAAUUGGGCUGGUCAAAGUACGCGUGGAGUCCUUCCAGAUGGUAUAUUCAAGUAAUACAACAGCAUUCCAAGUUUUCACAAUUGAAAUGCAUUAUUGACACACAGGAUCUAUUAAACAUGUGAACUUUGCCUUACCCAUGCUAUUAUGACUGUGUACAGUAGGUAAUAUGCUUAUAAAGAACAAAUGUAGAACAGUUUUUGCAGUAAUGAUACUUUGUUAGUUUUUGUGCCAUGUUAUUGUUAGCGUCUAAUGUCCCAAUAUUUGUGCUUUAAUUGGAAUCUAUUUCUCUGGUCUUAACAUGUUACCUGUAGAACUAAAAGUUGUUUAUAAAUGCGUAUAAUGAUUGUACAAUUCCUGUAAAUGUGGGGUAUUGUUCUGUUAGUGUUGCUCAAAUGUUGCCCUUGAUGUAUGAUUGUUUUGAUGUAGUGUACAUUGAAUACUAGGUAUUCUUGUGAGGCAUUUUGGCAUUCAUUGUAGUGAAACUCAUAUAGCAAGAAUGAUGUUGUAAAUAUUUUAAACAGGCAGAUAGUGACAAAAUCAAGUUUUAGUAUUAGAUACUAUGUUUUAUAAAGUUUCAUUUCCCCCAAUUUAUAGUGCCAUUGACCCGUUAUUGCACAAGUAGAGAUCACAUGAUGUUUAUGAAUAGGAUCGGAUUUACAUAAAUAAUAACACCUGAUGAUCAUGUUAAAAAUAAUAUCUAUUGUAUACGUAGUUUUAUUACUCCAGAUUUUUGUAGCAUAAUAAACUGCUUUAAUAUUAUUUUGUCAUAAAUAUUGUCAUCUAUAAUAAAAGGAAUAUGAGAUUGUG